CUGGCCCUGGCUCGUAAAGGGCGGACCCUAAGGACCCCAAGCGGUUCAGUGCUUCCCGAGUCUCUGCGGAAGAGCCACUGCAGAAGUGGACUCUACCACAGGCGCCUCCUCGACGUCGUCGUCCUUCGCCAUUGCUCAACGGAACAGGUGAUGUUUGCACAGCCAUGGCGGAAACCCCACAAAAACCAACCGUACAAUCUUCAAGAAAACUAAAGCAACCCCCUCAAUUAAACCCCAAAAUGUCACCUUCAGCCUCUAUUGUCCCGCCGACCCCACAAAGCCUAACUCCUCGCCGAUCCUCUAGGCGAAUCCCUGCGCCAGAAACCGUAGCCCCUCGGAGAUCAUCGCGACGACAAAUAUCACUGGGGUUUAAUCAAAACACUCCUGAAAAAGCAAAUGAUAAUGUCGAAAAUUCCACCACAAAGAGCCCGGUAUCUGCUAGAAGGCGGGAGAGGUUGAAGUGUUCGUUCUCUCCAGUCUCGCCUGACCAAUCCGAUGCCAGGAAGAGAAAGAGAGGCGACAAGGCAAAGGUGGUUAAAACCAGGGGUGGGAUUUUGAGGAAUGUAAAUGGUGAGAAGAAGAAGAAGCGGGUGUAUUAUAAGAAGGUUGUGUAUGAUCAAGGUGAGUUUGAGGUUGGAGAUGAUGUGUAUGUGAGGAGGAGGGAAGGGGUGAGCUCGGAUGAGGAGGAUCCUGAGCUCGAGGAGUGUCGAGCGUGCUUUAAAGCUGGGAGGGCUGUGAUGAUAGAGUGUGAUGAUUGUUUGGGUGGGUUCCAUUUGAAAUGCUUGAAGCCACCCCUGAAGGAGGUUCCAGAAGGGGAUUGGAUUUGUGAGUUUUGUGAAGCUCGAAAAAUGGGCAAGUCAAUAGAGUUUCCGACGCCUCCGAAGGGGAAGAAGCUGAUGAGAUCAGCAAGAGAGAAGCUUCUUUGUAGUGAUUUAUGGGCUGCUCAUAUUGAAAGUCUAUGGAAAGAGGUGGACAAUACGUAUUGGUGUAAGGUGCGCUGGUAUAUAAUUCCCGAAGAGACUGCAGCGGGAAGGCAACCUCAUAAUCUGAGGAGGGAACUUUAUGGCACCAAUGAUUUUGCUGAUAUUGAGAUGGAAUGCAUUCUUAGGCAUUGUUAUGUCAUGAACCCAAAAGAUUUUGCGAAGGCCAACAAUGAAGGGGAUGAUGUCUUUCUAUGUGAAUAUGAAUAUGACAUACAUUGGCUGAGUUUUAAGCGUCUCGCAGAUAUUGAUAAGUGUGAAGAGGAUAAGGAAGAACCUGACAGUGAUGAAGAUUGGAAUUCUUGCAAGGAUUCAGAAUCUGAUACAGAAGAGGACAUGGCAUGCGAAGAGCAGAACAUGAAAAAUUUAGUCAUGAGACCUUCCUCGGCUCAUGAAUUAGCUGCAAACUCAAGGAAGGGAUGGAUCUUUGGACUCCAGAAAAUAGGGACUAAAAAAAUUCCAGCGCAUGUGAGAUGCCAAAAGCCAACUGAACUUGAAAGAGCAAAAGCAACACUUAUGUUGUCGACUUUGCCCAACUUCCAACCUUGCAGAAACAAAGAAAUGGAGGAGAUAACUGCAUUUAUAAAAGGUGCCAUCUGUGAUUAUCAGUGUCUGGGACGCUGCCUUUAUGUUCAUGGUGUGCCUGGAACUGGCAAGACAAUGAGUGUUCUUGCAGUAAUGAGGAAUCUGAGGUCUGAAGUUGAUGCAGGAAGUAUAAAACCCUACUGUUUUGUGGAGAUUAAUGGUCUAAAAUUGCCUUCGCCAGAAAAUAUUUACAGGGUUAUAUAUGAAGCAUUAAGUGGACAUAGGGUAGGUUGGAAAAAGGCUCUCCACUUGUUGAAUGCACGAUUUUCAGAUGUAAACAGCGUAGGCAAAGAGGAUAAUCGGCCUUGUAUUCUACUAAUCGAUGAACUUGAUCUUCUUGUAACAAAAAAUCAGUCGGUUCUAUAUAACAUCCUUGACUGGCCUACUAAGCCACAUUCCAAAUUGGUUGUGAUAGGCAUAGCAAAUACUAUGGAUCUUCCAGAGAAGUUGCUUCCACGCAUUUCUAGCCGUAUGGGAAUUCAAAGGGUUUGCUUUGGACCCUAUAAUUACCAACAACUUCAGGAAAUCAUUUCAAGUCGCCUUAGAGGAAUUGAAGCAUUUGAAAAACAAGCUAUAGAAUUUGCUUCAAGAAAGGUAGCAGCUAUUUCAGGAGAUGCACGUCGCGCUCUAGAGAUAUGUAGGCGUGCAGCAGAACUUAAAGAUUUUUGUAUUAAGAAACUAGGCUCUCUUUCCAAUUCUGCAUCUGCAGGUAGAGCCCUUGUUGGUAUGGCGGAGGUUGAAGCAGCAAUACAGGAAAUGUUCCAGGCACCUCAUAUUCAAGUAAUGAAAAGUUGUUGCAAAUUUAGUAAAAUAUUCUUGACAGCUAUGGUGCAUGAGCUUUAUAAAACCGGAAUGGGUGAAACUACCUUUGAAAAGUUGGCAAUUGUAGUUUCAUGUCUCUGUACGAGCAAUGGAGUAGCAUUUCCUGGGUGGGAUACACUCCUGAAAGUUGGCUGUAAGUUGGGUGAAUGCAGAAUCAUUAUCUGUGAAGCGGGAGCAAGACACAGGUUGCAAAAAUUGCAGCUCAAUUUUCCAAGUGACGAUGUUGCAUUUGCAUUGAAAGGCAGCAAGGAGAUUCCUUGGUUAGCUAAGUAUUUGUGAUUUUAAAAUUUAGAUAAACAUAUUAAAGUUUUGAUUUCAUAUUCUCACUUGUAUUAAUAUUUAUUCUACUCAAUGGAUGUUGCAUCCUUAUUUUUGAUCCCAUUUUAUUUUUUAUUUCUUUAUAAUAUUGUAUUAUGUAAUCGUCAUCAAAGAUGAAUCCUUUUGUUGAUGGUAAUCUCAUUUUCAUAUGUAAAAGCUCUUGGGUUUUUUCCUUUCCAUAAUAUUCAUCUAAACUCUUGGCUUA